UUUCUUAGAUAUGACAUCACGCAAUCGACUACUCUGUCUGUGUUUCUCCCUCGCCGAGGGAAAGCAGAGCUCAGAGAGUGAUUACUACUGCCUGAAUCAGUCUUGUUUUCAUGGAAUGAACUGUCAGUCAGUGGAAUAUCAUUUCGCUUCUAGUCCAACACUUGCUAAAUGGUGAGUGGCUAGUGCGCCACACCCAGCCUGCGUUGCCAUGGAUGCCUGUGCCCGUAUCCGAGGAGUUCCUCUCAGGACCAGAGCCUCCAUCAGGAAAGAGACGGUGCGUGACAGCGGGCCUCAGUGUGUGAAGAGCCUUCUGAGGAGCAGGAAGGAGCUGUGCAGCAUGGGACUGGAGCUACAGACCAGAGACACACCACGCCUGACUGAGAUCCAUUUUGUGUGUUUGCCUGGCCUCUCUGAAGGGGAGGAUCUAACUCUACAGGCCCUGUCGUCUCUCCCAGGGGACCUGGCGGAGCUCCUGAGGUCUCCCCACGUUACCAGCCUGAGGAACGAAGAGGUGCUGCUGCUGAAGGACAGCAGGAAACCAGCCGACAGGAGGGACUCUACAACACAGCAGUGCUCGCUAAAGGCGGUGUGUGUUGUAAGGCACAGCUCCAGCCCCAGUCAGCCCAUUGUUGGUGUGUUGGUGGGCCUGCUGGGGCGUUAUGCUGCGGGGGUCCGUUAUGCCCUGGAGCUCCAGGCCCUCCACAGGGGCACGGCAGAACCCUGCCAGCCCGAGGACGAUGACACCAACCAGUCUGUGUCUUCCAUCGAAGAUGACUUUGUCACCGCUCUGGAACACCUAGAGGAGGAGGCCACCGGAGAGAAUAACAACGCCGAUGACUCUUAUCUCCAUGGAAACCAGCGUGAUGUGGCCUCCCAGACAGUCCCUGCCCACAAGAGAGACAAGGACCUAUCAGGCUCCAGGAUCAUAAUCAGCUCUGCCCACAGGAUGUCUUCAACCAAUCGUAGGUCUCCUCCAGAGGUGUCCGUUACCGUACAGUGCUCCAGAAGGGCAGAGUCCCAGUGGACCCUCUGCAGCCCUAGAGCCCGGCUCCCCUCCCCCACACGUCCCGUCAGCGAAUCAGAGGAGUCGGACGGCUCCAGCCCUAGUCCAAUCAUCUUCCUAGAUGAGGUUGGCUACCAGAAAAGUCUCAAAGCGACACUGGACAUCCCUCAGAUCCCCGGGGGGCCGACAGACAGGGUGGAGGACUCUGACUCUGAGGUCAGCGAGUUCUUCGACAGCUUUGACCAGUUUGACGACCUAGACGAGCUGAGCUCAGAGAGCUGUACACUCACCCUGCCUUUAGACCCGACUUCCUCUGUUAUCAUUACCGGCCCAGACCAGAAGAAGAAGUACUCUGGUUCUGGCAAGUCAGGGUCCAAGAAAGUGUCCCGAAGCUGUUCCACCAUGAACCCCCACCGGUUCGACCAGCGCACCCUCCUGUGUUCCCUCUACAAGACUUACUCAGACUUUGCCAGCAGUCUGUCCAAGGAGAUCCUGGGCUCCGUGUGUGGAUACCAGUCUCCUGUGGACCUCAACGACAACAAGAAUCUGAGCUGUGUCUGUCACAAGGAGUUCCAGAACCAGUCUGGACACGUCAUGAAGCUGUCUGAGAUCCAGGAMACGGUGACUSUKUCCAAGCUGCAYCAGAAGCCCCAGUCUCUMAAGGACGGCAUCCAGAGGUUUGCRACAGACUUGGUAGAGAUGAGURUGGGCAGCGCRCUYAGAGACCUGCAGAAGGGAYUGUCCUCRUGCACCACCACSCUCUGCCACCUGGCCGCCAYACUCACCWCYUCUGUCUUCCAGAUGGCCUURCAYGAGAURGGCAUGCGCCYCGCCUACGUCCUGAAGGAACGGGCCAUCAACGGYCUGGCUGGGUUCCUGGUMGGAGAGGCYGUGUCYGGSGCUCUGAAYGACUUCCUGARGGUGAAGAAGCAGAUGUUCAACAGCACSGUGACMCAGUUUGCCGCRGACCUMGCYGAGGAGCUGGUGUUUGAGGGGAUGAUGGAAGUGUGUCAGUUCUCCCACCCCUCCACCCCCCUCACCCCCAGRGARUGGUCCUUCYGSSUGGGGGAGGASGACGAUGAGGAYGUGGUGUCRUCCUAUGCCUCYGACCUCUCWGAGUCUGUCCUCCAGGAGGCCUUCAUAGAACUGUCCCAGGCUGAUGUUGCCUUCAGUACCCAGGCAGCCAUCAGUGUCUCUGUGGACAACAUCUGCUACGUCAGCGCUGUCGACACACACACCUGCAGUACCGCCGCAGGCCACCAGGCUUUCCACGUUAACCCAGCUGAGGAAGGCCCAGGUCCAUUAGGCGAGGAUGGCUGUACGGUGAAGAAGGCGCUGUUCUGUGUGUCUGGAAUGGCCAGCUGUGUACCGGUCCCCCAGGCAGGCCAGGCCAUCUCCCACCUCCACGACUCAGAGGAGAUCUGCCAGUGUAAGACCAGCCCCAAGAGGAGCUGCAGCUCAGAGAACAGAGUGGUGACCACAACCUCCUCUGAUGCUACUGCUGCCACACAAACUGACCUGCUGUCAAAGACCCGCUUUCACAACUUCUCUGGCAACAUGGUGGAUAUGAUAGUGAGUGAAGCGUGUGAGCUCAUGACUGCCACAAAGAUGAAGAAGAAGGUGGAGGACUGUGCUGACUUCCUUUCUAAAGCCAUUGUUGGUCGGGGACCUCCAUCCGGACAGGAGGGUACUGUCACUGACCAGACCUCCCACUCCUCUCUCCACCCUCAUUCUCAGAAACCAGGGAGAGUGACCUGUGAGUCAGGCUCCAGGACCAGCAGAGCUGUCUCAGAGACCCGGCCUGUGAUGAUGAAGGACACUCUAGAGAUUCCAGGGUUGGAGAUGGACGGCCGGGAAGGCAGGAAGAUGGCCUCCGGUGAGGAGAUGGUUCCCAGCACUGGUUGCAAGUCCAGCGGGACCCCUGGUACGCCCCCCUCCACCCCCCAGCAUCCCAACAAGGUGUCCCAGGAGAAGCAGAUCAAGCAGUUCUCUAAGAAGCUGAAAGGCAAACUGGCCAAGGAGUUCUCUCCCGCCACCCCUCCUCCCACCCCACACUACCAGCCAGGGCCUGAGCCCAAAGAGUCUCCCUCUGAGAUGGACAAGGCUGACUUCAUGCUCAAACUGAUGAGGUCUCUGUCUGAGGAGGCAGACGGGAACGAGGAAGAGGAGGGUGGAGUAGAAGGGCUUAACUCUGGAACCGAGACAGGAAACCGUCCGCAGCCAGAACUCAACCUGUUGGUUGGAGGACACAAGAUGGCCGACAAGGGAGCCCUCCAUUACGCAGAGCGCCUGGCGUGCCACAUUGUCUCCAUGGCGACAGAGAUGGACACUCUGGGAGGAGUGGAGGAUGGAGGUAGGAGGACGGUGGAGGAGAGAAGAGACAGCGUGGCCCAGUUCUCGGAGCAGACCCUGAACACGCUGUGGAUCUACGCUGGCGAGGUGGCGGGAGAGGUGAUCAGUGACGUGAAGAGGAUAAUGGGGUCAGGACAGUGUCGUCAAAGAGCAGUCAAACGAGCCAGCCAGGACUGGUCAGGGGAAUGCCCUCACCACCACAACCAACUCCAGCCCAGUGAACACAGCAGGGGCUGCAGAGUGGGUCAUCUGGCUGAACAGUGGUCUGGUGACCUCUCCUCUGUCCUCCACCCGUCAACUUCCACCUCUACUGCCAGCUCUGGCCUGUCCUCUGACUAUCCCAGCUGUGAAAGUGUGACAGAUGAGUACGCUGGCUACCUAAUCAGGGUGCUGAAGAAAGAGGGAGGCAGCAGGGAGCUGGUCCUGGAUCAGUAUGCCAGCCGUCUGGCCUACCGCUCCAUUAAACUGGGCCUGGCCCAUGCUGCCCGCAACAUGAAGAAGAGACCCUCCUCCUCCAGGCACCACUCCUCCAGGAGGCUCCACCAGGAUGGCUGCAGGGGGCCCAAUGCUGAGCCGUCUGUACCCAGGGACGAAGCAGGGAGAGUGGGAUCUCCUUCCAGCGACUCUGAUGAUGGGAGCCAGAGGGAGUACAUGGAGCUGGUGAACUUCGCAGAGUCGUUGGCGUACAGCAUCACCUGUGARGUCACACGCAAACUCUGUGUGUCGUCAGACCGACUACCCAAGUCCCUGACUGACUCGUGUCUGUAUCAGAAAUUCAAGCUGGAUGACAUGGCAGAGAACCUGAUCAGGAACUCCUUUUCAUGCCCCCUGCUGGCCAACGAGGGAAAGAACAGGCAGUACCACAGCACAGGCUGCCUGGACGACGGAGGAUACAGCAGUGGAGUCAUGCAGGUCAUGGAGCACUAUGCCAGGAAGAUAGUGGACGACACACUGGAGAUGGGCCUGGCCUCGGCCGGACACCCAGCCCAACAGGGUCCAGACAGACACUCCCACUCUGAGAGGCCGUCUGAGGGGGGAGCAGUGGGCUCUGUGCUGGGGGAGACAGCCUGCCGAUACUGCCAGGUCAUCGAGUGUCCYUUCUGCUCGUGGCCUAGCAGGCAGUACAUCCUUGGGGCAGGAGCAGGCCAGAGGAGGAGGCCGGACGGGGAGGUGGGGGUGUGUGGCCUGGAGAUCCCUGAGAUUUACAUCGAUCUGGACCACAGGGCAGUGUUCGCAGAGGAGAUCGUCACUACGGCGAUGGAGGGGGCGAAACGAGAGCUGAGCAACACCAGCCUGAACGCUGACAGCGGGAUCGGACACGACGGGCCAAGCUUUGCCGAGAGUCUGACCGCAGAGAUCAUGACGUCCGCGCUGUCCAACGCAUGCCAGACUGCCAACCUCAGCUCUCCAGGKAGGGAGGCCACAGAGUCCACGGUGUCCCAGCAGCUCAGUCUGAGUGUGGGAGAUGACAGUCUGGGCAGCUGGUCCAACCUCAGCUUUGAGGACGAGCACCCCGACGAGACCAGCAGCUUCCUGCACCUCAGCGACAGCAAUGGGAACAGCAGUAGUUGGAGCAGCCUGGGGUUAGAGGGAGAGAUGUAUGAGGAGCACCUGUCCUUCUCUCCUUCCGACAGCGACUGCACUGAGGACAAGGAGCUUGAGACCAAGGAUGAAUCCUGCGGUUCUGUGCGUGUGGACCGGGGCCAGGCUCAUAGGCUCCUCCUGGUGGUCAACUCGGAGCUCAGGGAGAUGACCCCUGACCCACAACACAUGACCUUUGACCCCCAGCUCAGGUGCAUGCUGCAGUGGGCGGCGGCCUCCAUUGCAGACCUGCAAAUGGUUCAGCUGGGUCAUAGUGGCAGCUGGGACCUGCAGCAGCUGCCUGCGGUGGUCCAGAGGGUGAAGGAGAGGGAGUGGAGGGUGGGAGAGCUGCUCCAAGCCCUGCUGCGRUACUGUGAGGAAACCUUCACCCCACCCCAGUCUGAACCCAGAGAGGAGACACCCCAGGCGGGGAAAGCACUCCACCACACUCCCCUCUUCCAGUGGCUCCUGGAGCACGCCUAGGCUGACUGCACUUACCCUCACCUCUCGCUCCUCUCCCCUUCCUCCUCACCUCCCCUUCCUCCUUCUCUCCUCUCUCCUCUCCCCUUCCUCCUCACC